AAUGAACUUUAUUUAAUGUUCCAUAUAUAUAUAUAUGUAUAUAAAUCUAUAUUUAGAGCAACAAUCGUCCAGUCAUUCGACAAAAUAUACGUUGAUUGUUUCAGUAUUACAUUAACUGCUAAACCUGUAAAUUUUAUUUAAUUAUUAUUUAAUAAAAAUUUUUAUUUAAAUUUAUUUAGACUGAUACAAUCAUCACUGUAGCAAGUAGAGCACCCACUCAUCGCUCUACUACCACUACACAUACUCAUCAUUCUACUGCCACUCCACAGAGUCAUCGUGCUACUACCACUCCACAUGGUCAUCGUGCUACUACCACUCCACAUGGUCAUCGUGCUACUGCCACUCCACAUAGUCAUCGUGCUACUGCCACUCCACAUAGUCAUCUUGCUACUGCCACUCCACAUAGUCAUCGUGCUACUACCACUCCACAUGGUCAUCGUGCUACUGCCACUCCACAGAGUCAUCGUGCUACUGCCACUCCACAGAGUCAUCGUGCUACUGCCACUCCACAGAGUCAUCGUGCUACUACCACUCUACAUGGUCAUCGUGCUACUACCGCUCCACAGAGUCAUCGUGCUACUACCACUCGACAGAGCCAUCGUGCUACUAGCACUCCACAUAAUCAUCGUGCUACUGCCACUCCACAUAGUCAUCGUGCUACUACCGCUCCACAGAGUCAUCGUGCUACUACCACUCCACAUAGCCAUCGUGCUACUAGCACUCCACAUAGUCAUCGUGCUACUACCGCUCCACAGAGUCAUCGUGCUACUACCACUCCACAGAGCCAUCGUGCUACUACCACUCCACAUAAUCAUCGUGCUACUACCGCUCCACAGAGGCAUCGUGCUACUACCACUUCACAUAAUCAUCGUGCUACUACCACUCCACAGAGUCAUCGUGCUACUACUGCUCCACAGAGUUAUCGUGCUACUGCCACUCCACAUAGUCAUCGUGCUACUACCACUCCACAUAGUCAUCGUGCUACUACCACUCCACAGAGUCAUCGUGCUACUACUACUCCAAGUACUCAUCUUUCUACUACCACUGCAAAUACUUAUCUUUCUACUAUCACUUCAAUUACUCAUCUUUCUACUAGCACUCCAAGUACUCAUCUUUCUACUACCAGUUCAAAUACUUCUCCUUCGACUACUGUUACAGGGAUGUCACAUGUAUACGUAUUCUCUGUUUAUUUUUUGUUAUCCUCUAUUCUUUCAUCUUCUUUGAUUCUUUAA